AUGCCUUCGUAUUCGUCCCCUUCACAGCAUCAAGAUGGCCAGCAGGGAUUGGCACAGCAACCACAAAAGCAUGACACGAACCUGAGAAAACGGGAUGACACCAACGAUGAUGAGGAUAUCUGUCCGGACCCCCGAUUAGCGACAGCAGCCGCAAUGGUUGCCUUAAGUCGCAGUUCUUCCUCCGCCUCCAAUGACUCAACAUCACCCAGCAACAAUGCGGUCUCGAGCUAUCAGCGCCUAGUCAAGCGCUACCGCGUUGAGGUGGCCGCCUCGGCCUCCAGCGUACUAUCCACUCUGACGACGUUUCCGCUCGACAGCGUCAAGACACGCAUGCAAACGUACCAGUAUGCCGGGUUUCUGGACUGCGUCAAGCACACCUACAACCAGGAGAAGCUCCGGGGUUUCUUCCGCGGCGUCACGGCGCCCAUGGCUAGCAUCACGCUCGUGCGGACCGUCUCCUUUUCCAUCUAUCAACGUUCCAAGUACGCCUACUGCGACUGGGUCAAGCGUAAUUUUGGUGUCGAUGUUAUGGGGCACGUCAGCUCGACGGGCAGCUACCCGAACAUGUGGACCGUGGCGACGUUUGGUGCGGCCGGUGCAACAGCCGGGUCCUGUAUCACUGUCAUAGCCUGCCCUUUCGAAUUGACCAAGCUCAGCGCCCAAGUGUCGGUUCUGAUGGCGGACAAGAAGAACUGCCCAAAGCCGGAGAGCCAUGCGAUCGCCGCGAGCUAUCAGAACAAAGGGACGCUAAAGACACUUCGAAAUAUUAUCAAGCACCGGGGCGUUGGUGGGCUGUACACGGGGUUCAGGUUACACCUCAUGCGCGACACGCUCGGGACAGCAACCUACUUCAUGACGUACGAAAGCAGUAAACAGCUCCUGACCACCUUCGGGGGUGACGGCACCCAUUCGAACCCACUCGCCGUUUUGGUCGCAGGAGGGUUGUGUGGUAUCGUCUCGUGGGCUUUGAUUUAUCCAGUCGACUCGGCGAAAUCAAUCUAUCAGCGCAACUCCCUGAUGUACUCUAAGGGCCAAACCGUCGAGCCCGUCAAGAUUCGAUUUUUCCAACGCAACAUGUACCGCGGUCUGGGUGUGUCCAUGGGCCGGUCGUGUGCUGUGAAUGCCGUCUUCUUUUCCUCCUUUGAGUUCUUGAAAAAGCGUAUCAAGGCUUGGGAGGAUUAA